AUGAACGCAUCCACUUUGGACAUGAGUUCUUCGUCAUCUUCAUCUGGCGACGAUGAACUCAUACUUGCAGCAUUCGCCGAGCACGAGGAGGAAGAGAGGAUGAACGCUCGACGCCAUGGCGGUUCCAAGCAUGGACGUCAAACAAUCAAUCGAGGAAGAGAUGCCGGAUUUGUUCUUCUGCGGGACGACUACUUCAAAGAAGUUCCUCGCUAUCCCGAACAUUUGUUUCGACGAAGAUUUAGGAUGUCCCGUAAUUUGUUCAAACGCAUAGCCGAUGGUAUACUUGAGCAUGAUUAUGAUGGUUAUUUUACUCAAAAAAGAAGUGCUUCUGGAGCUCUUGGGUUACAUCCUCUGCAAAAGAUUACCGCGGCAAUGCGGAUGCUAACAUAUGGAAUAGCAGCUGAUGGUGCUGAUGAGUACAUCCGGUCCGCUGAGGCUACUAAUUUAGAGUCUUGCAAGAAAUUUGUGAUCAAAGUUUGUGAAGUUUUUGGGGAAAGGUACCUGAGAUCUCCAAAUGAAGAAGACAUUGCUAGGUUACUUGCAAUAGGGGAGGAAAGAGGAUUUCCUGGUAUGUUAGGGAGCAUAGAUUGCAUGCACUGGGGUUGGAAAAAUUGCCCAAAAAAAUGGCAUGGCAUGUUUAAAGGCCAUGUCAGCGAGCCCACUAUGAUCUUGGAAGCAGUUGCUUCACAAGAUCUUUGGAUUUGGCAUGCUUAUUUUGGUUUACCAGGGUCUCUGAAUGAUAUAAAUGUUCUUCAACGUUCUCCUGUUUUUACAAAGCUAGCUGAAGGCCAAACUCCUCCAGUGAAUUAUAGCAUCAAUGGCCAUCAGUACACAAUGGGGUAUUAUCUUGCAGAUGGUAUCUAUCCACGGUGGGCAACAUUUGUGAAGAGCAUACCAGCUCCAGAUACCAGAAAACAUAAAACUUUUGCCAAGAGGCAAGAGGGGGCUAGGAAAGAUGUGGAACGAGCCUUUGGAGUUCUUCAAUCCCGUUUUGCCAUUGUUCGUGGACCUGCUAAAGGAUGGAAACGUAAAGAAAUCGGUGAUGUCAUGAAAGCUUGUGUCAUAAUGCACAAUAUGAUAGUUGAAGAGGAGCGACAAACUGGUCGGCAAAGCUGCACUUUUGAGGCAACGGGAGAAAGAGUCACGGUCUCUCGUACUCAUGCGGAACAACUGAGCUCUUUUAUUCAGAUGACUCACCGGAUUAGAAAUCAAGGUGAACAUGAUCAGCUUAAACUUGAUCUAAUUGACCAUGUGUGGCAAAAGUUUGGAAACGAGUGA